AAAGAGAAGUAGGAAAGAUGGCGGACGUAGUGAACGUCGGGGUGAAUCUGGACGCUUUCUCUCACGCGAUCAGCGGCAUUCAGGCGCUGCGCUCCAGCGUGAGCCGCGUGUUCGAGUCCCUGAAGGACGGCAUGAAGAACCGGGAGACCCUGGAGGGCCGUGAGAAGCAGUUCAUAGCCGAGUUCCAGGACCACCUGCAGGCGGUCAACCGGGACCUCAAUGAGUUGGAGCGUCUCAGCGGUCUAGUUGGACGUCCCUCGGAGUCUCAUCCUCUUCAUAACAGCGGUCUCCUCAGUCUGGAUCCAGUUCAGGACAAAACUCCUCUGUACUCUCAGCUGCUGCAGGCCUACAAGUGGUCCAACAAGUUGCAGUACCACGCUGGUUUGGCCUCCAGUUUGUUAAAUCAGCAGUCGCUCAAACGAUCAGCCAAUCAGAUGGGAGCUUCAGCCAAGAGACGACCCAAAGUCCAACCCAGUACCCUGGUACUUCCUCCUCAGUAUGUGGAUGAUGUCAUCUCUCGGAUCGGCAGGAUGUUUCCUGAUGUGACCAUCGAGCUGUUUAGACCCAACGGAACCUCAGCUGUUCUCCUGGUAACACAUGACAUCACACACGUAGACACACUGCACAGGUGA